AUGGGUUUUGGUGAUCGUUGGAUGAGAUGGAUGGGCAGUAGUAUCUUUACCAAUUCUUUACCCGUUCUCAUCAACGGUAGUGCUACGAAGGACUUUUUAGUCGAGAAAGGUCUUAGGGAAGGAGACUCGUUAUCUCCUUUUUUGUUUGUUUUAUUCAUGGAGGCGCUGACGGAUUUAUUGAAGAAAUCAAAGCAAAGUGGGGAAUUUCGUAGUUUCAAGAUCAAAGACGAUAAGGAGGUGGACAUAUUACAAUUUGCGGACGACACAAUAAUCUUAGCCGAAGGAGAUACCGCAAACUUGUGGAGUAUGGAAUCUAUUUUUAGAGGGUUUGAGUUGAUGUCCAGAUCAUGGAUAAAUUUUUAUAAAAGCAAUGUUUACGGUGUUAACGUUGGUGAUUGGUACAUGGAAGCCGCGUCCACUUUCCUUUCGUGUAAAGUGGGAUGUUUGCCUUUCAAAUUUCUUGGAGUUGGGGUGGGAGGAGACCUGAGGAAAAUUGCAAUGUGGAAAGAUUUAUUGAUGAUGUUAAAAAGAAGAUUGGCCGUUUGGAGAGGUAAACAUCUCAAUAUGGCGGGUAGAGUGGUGUUGAUUAAUUCCUUUCUAAAUGCUAUUCCAAUUUAUUCUCUUUCUUUCUAUAAGGAUCCAAAAAAAGGUGUUGAAUGA